AUGUUUGGAGGAGGAGCAUCAUCAGGUUUUGGAGGAUUUGGUUCUAACUCAACAACCAACAAUUCGCCGUUUGGAGGUGCAGGUGGUGCCGCUACAACUAAUACUGCGUCAUCACCGUUUGCAUCAGCUAAUACAAACACAACAGGAGGUGGUAUUUUUGGUAGCAAUGUCAAUUCCUCAACAGGGUUUGGAGGAGCCAAUGCAUUUGGUGCUAGCUCGAACACAAACACCACACUGGCAUUUGGAGCUAAUACUGGAGGUGGACUUUUCGGUUCUACGUCAAACGGUACCAGUUCAUCCCCGUUUGGUCAACAACAACAGCAGCAACAACAACCACAGCAAACCACAUCUGCAUUUGGCUCUGGCAAUAAUUCAGGGUCUGUCUUUGGAUCAUCAGCUACUGGAGGUGGUUUAUUUGGGAGUAAACCAGCUACUUCGACAUUUGGUGGUUUUGGAACCACUGCUGCUAAUACAUCUUCACCUUUUGGAGCAUCUACAACAAAUGCUUUUGGCGGUGGAGCAGGUGUUGAUCCAAAUAUCAAUAAUGGUACUGCAGGAAAACAAUUUACUCCAUUCACAGAAAAGGACUCUGCAAACAUGACUAAUGUUUUCCAAAACAUUUGUUGUAUGCCAGAAUAUAAAAAUUUCUCUUUUGAAGAAUUGAGAUUAAAGGAUUAUGAACAAGGAAGAAGAUUUCCACCAGCAGGUGCUACUGCAAGUGCUGGCUUUGGUGGUGCUGCGGGUACCAAUGCUACUGGAGGGGGAUUUGGGUUUGGUACAGGGGCUUCACCUUUUGGAGGUGGCGCUGCUGGAGCAACAAACCCUUCAGGUUCUGCUUUUGGAUCAGCGUUUGGGUCAACUUUUGGCAAUAAGCCAGCUGGUACCUCUCCUUUUGGGGCUGCUUCUACAACAGGGGCAUUUGGAACUACAAAUCAGAACCAGUCACCUUUUGGUUCUAAUACAGCAGGAUCAUUUGGUUCGGGUACAUCCAAUACUUUUGGAGGUGGUGCUAACAGCACUUUUGGUAAACCUGCCACAGGAUUCGGUUCUUCCGGAGGGGUAUUUGGUAGUAACACCAACACUGGGGGUACAGGUGGUGGUUUAUUCGGGUCUGGUGGUAAUGCUUUUGGUGGUCAAAUCUCAUCAGGAUUUGGAACUGCCAAUAACAAUUCCCCAUUUGGCCAGGCUCAAUCAAACAACGCAUUUGGUGGGGCAAGCAAUAAUUCGCCAUUUGGUCAGAGCAACACACAACAACAACAACAACAGCAAUCAGGGGGGUUAUUUGGAAGUGGAACUGGUACUGCAUUUGGUUCAAAUACUGGAGGAUCUACUUUUGGUUCAAACAACACGGGAUUUGGUGCUGGUGGUAAUGCUUUUGGUCAACAAGGAAAUACUGGGUUUGGAGCAAAUAAACCAGCAACUACAGGAUUUGGAUCAUCUACAUCAGGAGGUUUAUUUGGGCAACAAAAUCAACAACAACAACAACAACAACCAGGUGUCACAGGAGGUUUAUUUGGACAGAACCAACAACAAAAUGCUGGAAGUGGAUUGUUUGGUGCUAAACCUGCUGGUGGUUCAAUGUUUGGACAAAGUAAUACCAAUGCAUCCGGCGGAGGUUUGUUUGGUGGUCAACAGAAUACCUCAACUACUGGUGGGGGGUUAUUUGGGUCAAAGCCUGCCACUUCGGGUGGGUUGUUUGGUGGUCAACAACCAGGACAAGCACAACAAGGAGGAGGGUUGUUUGGUCAACAAAGUCAACAAAACACGCCAGAAGGUGGAUUGUUUGGAAACAAGCCGGCUGGAUCAACCACGGCAAAUGGUGGUGGGUUGUUUGGUAAUAAAGCGGCAACUGGGGGUGGAUUGUUUGGUGGUCAACAACAACAACAACAGCAGCAACCGCAACAGUCGCAGUUGGGAGGUGGCUUAUUUGGAGCCAAACCUGGAACAACUGCGCCACAGGGUGGUGGAUUAUUUGGUGGCCAGCAACAAACAACUAAUGUUGGAGGUGGCUUGUUUGGAGGCGGUGCAGCAUCAACAGGUGGAUUAUUUGGAGCAAAGGCAAAUACCAAUGCGACAGCAAAUUCUAAUUUGACAGGAGGAUUAUUUGGAGGCGCGACAACUGUACAACAACAGCCUCAACAAGCACAACAGGCAUUGGCUAGUAUCAGUUCUCAAAAUCCUUAUGGUAACAACCCUCUUUUCCAAUCCAUAACGGGAACAUCAUCACAACAACAGCAGCAGCAGCAACAACAAGCAAAUAAUCUUCCACAGUUUUCAUUAGUUAAAUCUGCAGCACCUAUUAAGAAAGCGGUUACUCUUGGAAGUACUUCACAGAAGGUUACUCCGUUGUUCAAGGUGAGUUCAUUACCAACAAAAACGUCGACUGAAUUGGUAAAGGAUGAUGUAUAUAAGAAUAAGAAAACAGAUGAUUUGUUUUCCGCUGCUACUGACCAGGCAAUUAUAUCUUCUGAUAUUUUUAGACCAAAGGAAAGUUUCAAAAGUUUGGUUUUAGAUAAAUCUAAAGCUUCUAAUGCUUUAUUAACGGGUCUGUCAUCAGGUCCAACAAAGCAGGUAACAUUUGUUUUGGAUAAAUCAGAUUCGAAAGAAUUAUCUGCAUCCACACCAGAACCUUUAGAGAAAACCGAUAAAGAUAAAUUGGAAUUGCAAGCAGAACAAGAAAAACAACAGCAAGAUCAAGUUCAGGAUUCUGAUGUUGACAAAGAUGGAUAUUGGAUGUCACCUUCACUUCUGGAAUUGAAAAAGAAGUCACUUCUUGAAUUAAAAUCUAUCACUAAAUUUAAGAUUGGUAGAAAACAUUAUGGUGAAUUAGAAUUCCUUGAGCCAGUAGAUUUAACUUCUAUUGUCAAUUUAGAUGACAUUGCUGGAAAUUUAGUUACAUUCUCCAACAAAACUUGUGUUGUUUACCCAGAUGAUAACAAGCCUAAACCUGGAGAAGGAUUAAACUUACCGGCACGAAUCACGUUAGAAGGAUGUUAUCCAAUAAAUAAAGCUGAUAAAUUGCCAAUAUUAGAUCCCAAAAGUGAGAUUGUCAAACGUCACAUAGAGAAUUUAAAGACGAUACCAGAGAUGAAAUUUGUUAGUUACGAUCCGACAAAUGGUCAUUGGACAUUUGAAGUGCAGGAAAUGGAUUAA